AGCCUUAGCCAGCUCACUGUUCACAUUCAUGCAGCUUACAGCUACCGGGAGGAGAACUGAACUUUGCAGACCUGAUGAGAUGGAGCAAGAUAGUUUCCCUGACUCUGAUGAACUAGACGAUGAUGUGUUUUAUCCAGAUGAUUUUGGCUUCCGAGAUCAGCAGCUGACCUCACCUUCCAUGUUCACAUACAGUCAGUCGUAUACAUGUCUGCUGGGGAGGUUCCAGCUAUUCCCACUGUCACAUUGCUGCGGCCCAGGCUGCAGGACCAUGGAAUGUAAAGACAAGGCCACGCAGACUCUAGGGCCAACGUGCCUCAGUCGUGACAUCAUGUUGCCAUGCGGAAUCACAGAAUCUCCACAGAGACUUUUCUAUGGUCAGGCUGGGCACCUCUUACACCUCGCUGAGGACUUUCCACCACCCUUGGGAGAGGACGCAAGACACAUGAGGACUGAGCAGAGUGUAGAGCAUCGCAUUGCACGGAAACUACAGUGCAUCGGAGAUCAGUUUUACAGGCUGCAUAUGCAGAGGCUUCAGCAGAACCGAAAUCAAGGAUGGUCUCAAAUCCUUCUCUUCUUCCGCAACUUGAUAGUUCACUAGGAGAGGAUUGAGAUGCGUCGGAGGUCAGAACUCUCCAUAGCAGAAACAAAUCUACUCUGCAGGGAUCACAGGAGAACUAUUUGCUGUACCACUUACACACAGUAGAUACAGUAGACUUUUUAUGGUAUCUUCAGGAAAUUCUGGUCAAACACUGCUUCUUCUUUUUUUAAAUGAUUUUAUAUAAACCAGACAUUAUAGUAUAUUCCAAAAACAGACAUUAUAGUAUAUUCCAGAUAUUGUGAUUUUUCGGUUUUACAAAAUGGCUAUAUUUAAAAAAAAAAUUUUUUUUUACAUAAUCAUAAAGCUUACAAAAAUCAUGGAAGGCUUAGCAUCAAAUGGCUCGGGUUUUGUACUUUGAGACAGACUAAAUAUAAUUAAGAAUGAAGUAAAUAAAAUAUUUGUGUCUUUUUCCAGAAUGUAAAUAUAGAGCCUUUUUUCUAUAAAGCUUUAUUGUUUCAACAGAUUCUUUAUGAAGAGUUGAACCAAAAGUUCUCUUUUAUUUAUUUUUAGAGAUAUUUUUUCCACAUCAUGAAAUGUCACUAGUCUGGUUCCUGUUAUUUCUGGAAACAAAGGGGUUAACAUCUCUCAAAUAUCAUAGCUUUAAAACAGCUAGCACACUGAUGACGUCAGGAAACUGUAAUAUUGCUUAUGCAUGGUUAUUUCAAUGACAGCGUAAAACAACCAGUAUAAAGCAUGCAUGCAAAACAUAAUCAGUCUUUCUCAUUUUCACUUAGAAACCGUUUUAUUUAAGGCUGUAAUAUUGACUUUAACCAUCUGCUAGGUAACUGUUCAGUUGACACCAUCUGUUAUGUGAAAUUAAUGAUAAAUAUCUUAAAGCUGUGCCUUAUAUUUGUGGAUGUAACCAAAUUUAUUAAAUACACAUAUAGUAAAUAUAGAAAAUUUAAGAACAUGAUUUUGAGUUAGAUGCAUUAACAUUUUAAAAACAGGGCAGUUUUUAGGGGGGGGGCACUUAAUUAUGUAUGUCACCUUGUGUGUGGCAGAUUUACACAGUACUGCUAAAGAGCAGGAUAACUUGAUUUAUACUAGAUUUAUGUUUUGCAUGGAUGAAUGCAGACUAACUUAACAUAGCAGAUGAGCUGUGAGGACAGAAGCUGUCUUGCUUUGAUAGAAGAGUAUCACUAUGGGCACAAGUUUCAUUGUGCGCCACCUGCCACACACAGUUAUAGGAGUGGAAGGAGACCUGAAUUUGAAGACUGCCUGGUGAUGUUUAUAUUGCAUUUAGCCAGUCUGGUCAACGGAGGUCCCUGUAGGAGAGUUAAAUGGGUGGUGUUUUACUAAUCUUAUUUUGAAAUAGCUCUCUUACUACCCCAGAGGCAGAAUCAUGUUAGAUAAGUACUUCUUAGUAAUUAUAUGGCAGGUACAUGAGGCUGGAGGACACUACAUGGGACAUGAGUACUACAUUUAAAGUCUUAUGUCCAGCUUUGGCAGUGAGGAAAGUGUUACCUAGGUCUAAGACCCACUGGAUGAAGCAAAAGAGGGUAAGGGGUGAAAUAUUGGGUGCUUCACUUUAGAAUUUGGGGGGGGGGCACAAUUUAGAAUUUCUCCCUGGGAGCCAGAUUUUCUAAAAACUGUCCUGUUUAACAUUGUACUAUUUAGGAGCAUUGCUCCCAUCUUUGUUUAGCUGUGUAUUUGUAUAUAUAGUGAAAGUUAUCUAAUGCUGAAAUCUAUGUAAAAGCACUUUUACAGCAUGAAGAUUUUCAUAUACAGACUACAUGAAAUAUGUGUAUCUCUGGACAAAAGAGCCAUUUGAAGCACUUAGGAAUUACGUUGAAUACUUUUCCCUAUAUAAUAUGUGAGCCGUUUAACAAAAUGAAUAAUACCCUUUGUGCAUGACCAAAUACAAUUAUGCAUUUAAACCACUGUUCCAGUUAAGACACCUAUGACUACAGUGCAUAUUUACAUUCACUACAAUAGAGUAGCCUCCAGCACAAGGAGAUCAUAAAGGGAAAUAAAAGUCAAUAUUAUGUUUGGGUGGUUUAAUCCCAACAUAUUAUUAUUGCAACACACUUUACUAUAUCAAGUGUGUUAACCAAAGACAGCGUUAGCCUUUUUUAUCAUCGAAAUCAGCACCUCUGAAGCAGUGUUGAUCUCAGAGCACACAUAGCAGAUCACAGCUAUACACUCAUACACAAGUAUGCACCACUUAGCCUGCUAGGCUGUGAGCCUCUGUCUCUGGGUAAGUGCAUAAGGUGCUUUUUUUAAUGCACAUUUUAGGACAAAGUGUGUUAAAAUAGUAUAGGAAAAAUGGGUUAGAUAUUUACUUGUAAGUUCUUAUGUUAACAUAAUACAGUUCGUAUUUACUUUAAAUGCAUUUUACACACUUGUUUAAUGGCAAAUGAUAAAGAAAAAUAUCAAUCCUGUCUCGUGCAGUAUUUGAACUCUGAGCCAAUCAAGGGAUAGAUUGCAAGUGGAGUUUAUGUUUAUGGGCAAACGUUAAAUAACCAGUCAAUACGAGCUCACAGUAGCACUUU